UGAACUAUGUCGUCACCCUGUGGAGGUGUUCUGCCAGUCUGUCUGUCUGUUUGUCUGUCCCGCAGUUUGACCGAAUGUACACUUGCAUGUCUCUUCAACCUCGAUUGUGAUCACCCCACCGGCCUAAUCAGAAUGACCAGGAGGAUUUGUUAUUGGCCGAUCGAAUAGUUUGUUAACAUGUCAUCUGUGGAUUGGUAUCCCGAUGUCGGUAGUUCGUCUGGGUCCUGAAGGUACUCUCUUAUUAUGGUGUUGGAUCCUGUACAAUAGUGCCAUCCAUAGGCAGCGGGCCAUCCCUCCCUAACUACAGCGGGGUACUCUGCAUUGGGUACACACUGCUUUCCUUUUUGAGAAAUGCAGAUAAGCUCCUUAUUCCCAGGGUGUCCUUGACAGGUCCAAAAGGUGAAAGAAGUUCAAAGAACACAAUAGUAUGCAUGGAUUGUUUAGACUUAAGUGCUGUUCCCCCUUUCCCGCGGCCCCCUCUCCACCCCCCGGGUCCUACUCAGUAGAGAUAGGUUGGGGUGGUUUAAUGAUCUACCCAGAAGAAGCUGCCGUUCGUUUGUGAUGACGAAGUGCUAAGUUUGGGCCAGUGCUAGCAACACAAUGAUUGCAUGAGAUUAUUCUAUGCUCUCUGCAUGUUUUUUCUUUCUCUUGAUUUCGGUGAAGCAUACCAACCGGUUUCAAAUGAGGAAGUGUGUCGAUGAGGCAAGCUGGACCGCCUAAGGACGAAAAUGACCACUUAAACCACAAGUACACGGCCCCAGCGUUGCAGUCAGAAACUUGUCGCCACAAGGAAACGAGGCCGAAACGUCAAACGCUGGGCCCCUCCAUUGAUAAAUCCGAUAGGCGGCCGUCUUUUCGCUUCGCACCUCCAGAAUUUGUAAGUAUCAGACCCGCGGCCCACGUGGCCAUGUACUGGUGCUUUCAAGCAAGGAAGGAAGUAGUGGCCACCGAAGGGACUUCACGGGUAACUGUUUGAGUAAGCGUCUCAGACAGACUGCGGAAGCAACAUCGACCUUGACUUUGCGAGUCACAAGCAUUGCUGAAAAAUGGUGGCUGUAUAUGCAUGCCAGGUGAUGUUUUCACACCUGCAGCAGGGGUUUGUAUACUGACCAGUUCCGAUACAAGGUUCCGGUUCAAACUAGGAUGUGGUGUGUCGGCAAAGCUGGACCGCCUAAGGAAGAAGACGGCAACUUAAGGAAGUAAUGACCGCCUAAGGAACUUCAUGGUUCUUUUCGGUAAGGGUCUCAGACAGACUGUGGAAGCAGCGUCGACCUUGACUUUGCUAGUCACAAGCGCUGCUGUGAAAAGGUGGUCGGGUCCACAGGACAGGUGAUGUUUUUGCACCUGCGGAAGGGGUUUCGUGGAUUGUCGCGGAGUAUGUUGUAGAGGCAGCACUGCUAUCGUUGCCAGGAUAUCUGAUUGAGAUUCGGUGAGCGACGACUGGGAUAGACGAGAGAUCUUAGUCUGGCAAACGUCCGGUUGAUCGUGUGUAGCAAGUUCAAGAGGUUGUCGGUGGAUCUGCGACUUGUGGUCAGGUGAGUGGCAGGCAAAAUGUUUAGCGCCCCCGAAUCCGCGGUGAAGAUGACGAUGCAGGCAGUGGAGGCUUUCAAGAGAUCAAGGCUGAUUGAUGGAGCGACAGCAGAUGACCAUGACAUCGCUCCGGUCUAUAAGCUGGAGGAAAUCUCCGAUUUGUUGCGCACGUCGCCAGGGGAUGUUGUUAGGGAAAUCACUGAUCAUUUGAUGAAAAAACUGGAUCACAAAUCGCCGGUUGUGAAGCAGAAGGCCUUAAGGGUGAUAAAGUUUGCGGUGGGAAAGGGCGGUCCGGAAUUCAAGAGAGAAAUCCAGCGGCAUUCGGCGACCAUUCGGGGUCUAUUUCACUACAGGGGGCACCCCGAUCCUCUCCGUGGGGAUGCUUUGAACAAAGCUGUGAGGGACACGGCUCAUGCAGCGAUCCAGGCAAUGUUUACGGAAGCACCGAAAGGUGCGGGGUCGGUGGAGGGAGGGAGCGGCUUGGGGAAACGAAUACAGGGGUUCGGAAGUGCGGGGGAGGGGAUGGGGAAAGGGGGGGGGAUUGGCGAUGAAGGGCGACGAGGUCAAGGUGGACUGUCCGGAAUGAUAGGUUUGGGAAGCGCAUCUUUCCGUUCAGGGCUUGAGAUCGCAGCAGAAGUGGCGAGCAACAUUGCAUCAACUUACCGAUCGGGGGCAAGGCGGCCGUUGUCUUCGAGAAGUGCUGGAGAUGAAGGAUGGGGUGGAGAUAAUGGAAGAGGAGGGUAUGAGGGGUACAGAGGUGUGGAAGACAUUGGUGGCGCAGAGAGUAGGGGAGGUGCAGAAUGGAGUGGUGGAAGGCGAUCUGGAGACAAUUGGUCAAGCCGGGCAUCCCCUAGGCCAGGCGUGGUUGGGGGUGUCAGUGGGUUGGCAAGCCCACGAGGAGUACGAGGAGCGGAGGACUCGCCCUCAGGGAGCGAAGGGGCGAGAAUGGGGGGUGUACCGGAAGGGGUACAGCUGGAGGAGUACAGGCUCGUGGAGAAGAUGACAAAUCCGGCAGGCGUGCGAGUGCAGCCGACAACAGAGGCUCUCCGGGAAUUCAUCAACUGCUCCCAGCGAUUAGAUGGUUCUCAUCUGGCAAGGGCGCUUGAACGAAAACUGCAGACUCAUGCAUGGCAGUCCCGAUUGAAGGCUUUGUGCGUGUUAGAAGCGAUGUUGAGGCGGGGAAGAGAAGGCGGCCGCAGUGCUGCAGCUGUGCAUAGCUACUUUGUCAAUGAUGCUAACUCGGUUGUCGACUGCCUUUCGUUGCCUCAGGCAUCUGUCCGCGACAGGGCCAAAAAGGUCUUGGAGUUGCUGACCCCCCCUGAACAGCCUGACGAGUAUCAGUCAAGUGGAAAUCAAAAGGAAUCGCACGAGCCCUCGGCUGUCGCCGGUGCGGUGCCACCAAAAGAUUCUCUGAUCGACAUGGGUCAGCCCGACCUGCUGAGCGGUAUGGAUGCCUUGUCUGACACGGGUUCUUCGCAGAAGGACGAUGAAGUGAGACGCAAUCCCUCAGAUGCUGUCGCCCCAUGUGUUCCCCAAGCAGCAGAGUCAUAUGACUUUCUAGGACAGGACCUCUUACCUGACAUGGGCUUGCCAUAUAGAGAGUCAUCGGCAUUUGGAGGUGCCGCCGAACUGUCACCUGCGCCAAUAUCUCUGGGAGAAUCUGGCAGAUCGGCGGAGGAUUCAGGGGGACUGUUCUCUGGACUGGAUGUGAAUGGGCAAGGUAGCUUGCAAGGUGACCUCAAUGCUGUUGCAGGAGGCAGUAUUUUUGAUGGAAUGAGCUUCAGCGACCCGGAACCGAGGACUAGUAUGGAUGGUGGUCCUGACACAGAGACGCAAAAGCCAUUGCAGCGAGGACGGAUGGGCAUCUCUGAUCAAGUCGCAAAAGGCGGUGGAGCUGACGAUCCGAUGGCUGACUUGUUUGGUAACUUAACUCUGGACUCCGUCACGCUGCCAUCACCAACACCAAACAAGCCGCAGGUUCCUCGUGCAGGAACUCAUGGCAAUACUAAGGCGGCGGGAGCUGGGUUGUUGGGAAUAGAUCUCGAUGGAGAAGGAGCGGGUGCGAGGGGAAAGGCCACUGCUGCUAUUGCAGAGGGUGCAGAGGGGGGAUUCAAGGGGCUUGGAGUGCAGCAAGCGCAGAUGAGACCAAUGGGACCAGGGAGCGGUGCAGGUCGAGGGGGCGCUGCUGGACAAACAGUAGCUGCGCUUCAACCAAUGCCAAUGAAUGUGGCAACGCCUCAGAUGGCAGGUGGUGCAAUGAGUAUGCCGCCAAUGGGAGUGAUGGGUGGGGGUGGAACGGGGGGCAUGGGAGUGAGCGUGGGGUUUUAUCAAACCCCACAAGGGUUGGUGCCAGUACAGUUCGUCACUGGGGGAGCUUUUGUCCCAGCGCCUUUCGUCCCACCCGGAGUGGGACCAGUCGGCACUGGUACCUCAGCUGGGGGGUUUGGAAACAGUAACCUGUCGGGAUUUGGCGGGGUGGGCAUGGGCAUGGGGAUGCCUGGUGUUGGCCAGACAGGUCUGGGGGGAAUGAACAUGGCAGGUGCAGGGGAUUACUACUCAGACUUCAUGGGGGAUCCAACAGGCCCAUCACAGCUUGUAUCGGCAGAAUCGGCGAAAAAGAAAGAGACGAGAGCUUUUGACUUCAUUUCGGAUCAUGUGUCAGCAGCAGUUAAGCAGAAGCAGACUUUAGGCUAACGAGACAGGGAAUAGAUGUGCAUGGGACGGGAAGGAGGAGCAGGAAUGGAAUAAAGCUAUGGUACAUGCACUUCUUUGUGCGUGUGUGAGCAGGUAAUGUGGUGUUUGCUUGUGUCUGCACACACACACACACACACACACACACACACACACACACAUGUACGUGUGUGUGUUGUCAGUUCGUUGUACACAACUCCUUGAACUCCACAAAAAAAGCAUGACUGUGCCGGACUGUUUCGUCGGACUUUCACCGACGCAUCAGGAGGCUGUGUGUGCAACAAUAGAAAAUGGCCAUGAUGGAGAUAACUUAGUGAUACUGGUUCUGAAUCUGUGCCAGUGGUCAUCUGGUGGAUGGAUCUUGGAAGUGUAGCAUGUAAUGUAAAUGAUCCAGGAUUUUCACCUUGACGGCGGAAAUCAAGUCUUUGACUCUUUGUCACAUUUGUGGCAUUCCUGAUGUGGAAAGGUUUACCCCUCUCUCUCUCUCUCUCUCUCUCUCUCUCUCUCUCUCUCUCUCUCUCUCUCUCUCUCUCUCUCUGUGUGUGUGUGUGUGUGUGUGUGUGUGNUCUCUCUCUCUCUCUCUCUCUCUCUCUCUCUCUCUCUCUCUCUCUCUCUCUCUCUGUGUGUGUGUGUGUGUGUGUGUGUGUGUGUGUGUGUGGAUUGGGAAAGUAGCAAGGUUUUGUGGUGUUACAUGCGUGUAGAAGUUUGUGCUAUUGUAACUUUUCUGUUGGUUGGUAGAUUAGGACGGCCAUCUGGUUCUCCGGGAUCUUUCCUGACCGGGGGCAGCGGGGGGGUAAGAAGGGGUUCAUAAGAGUGAUUUUCAAGCUUCAUGAGGACACCUCCCUUGUUCUUUAUACGACUGGUCAUUUCUAGAGCGCUUCGCGCCUUUCCUGGAGUCAUGUUACCCAAAGUGCUCUCUUCCGCCAGUCGUAUAUGAGUGUGCGUGAGCUUUCGAGCGAUUUGGGGGGAUUUGUGGAGGGCGCUUAAGGCUUGCCGUUAGCCCUCCUCAGGGUCUAAAUGACUGCAGUGAAGUGUUAAAGGCUGAACUUAGGGUUGAGAUGCGAGAGGCCUGUGGCUUAGGGUUGAGUGUAUGGGGCCGCUGUUUUCCGUUAUGGUGUCUGAGGAUACUGAGCCUUCAUAUUGUGUGUUCGUAUGGCUCGAAGCUAGAGACAGUAGUAGUUAGGAUCAUCCGGGCCUGAGACCUCCUCCAUGCAAGCGCAGGUUCGAAGCGGCGACCUCGGCCUAGAGACAGUACCAAGGUCGAGGCGAUCCACACAUCUGGGCCUGAGACCUCCUGCAUGCAAAGCACGGAUUCAAAUGGGCGACCUCGGCGGAGAAACAGUACCAGGGUCGGGGCAAUUCAUGGCUCAGAGUGGAGGUCAAGUUCGUUCGUUCCAGGUUGAGCGUCUCUGGCUUUUUUCAGUUUUGGGGUAGUCUCGAGUGACAUGACGAAAAACAGAGUGAUGGCGUGUCAUGACGACAUUUGACAAUGGCUCCCCCUUCAGAGAUCUGGCAAGGAAGUAGGAGAACUUGAAUAUCAGAAAUCAAGCCCUUUGAUUCGUCAAUUCCAUUAUAUGUAUGUUAGAUAAGUGGGCAGGGCCCUUUUGGUCCCAUGCCUGUGCUUCUUUGGCAUGUCACUAAUUCGCGUGUGAUCAGCAGUCCAUGGUUUCGUAGCACAGGCAUGUUUCCAGGAGGGAAUGCUCCUUAGACUCUGAGGCUUGUGUUGACAACUGUUCUUGAUUGUUCGAGUUCAUGAUCAUGACUGUGUGUUUACUAUUUGACUGUGGGCAAAGUGCUCUUCUUUAUUAUAUCAUUUGACUGUGUGUGUGUGUGUGUGUGUGUUUGCUGUUCUGACUGAUGUCAAUAUGAAACUCCGAC